AUGACGUUGACCGCCGAUACGACCCUCUACCUCCACUACGAGGAGAGCUCACCCGAGUUCACGAUGAAAUGUACCGUCGGCGGAGAGGCUCUUGGCGCCGCCGCCGUCCUCGAGCGCUUUGCGCACGCCUACUCCAAGCAGACAGGCUCGCCGCUCGCGCCGGGAGGCCUCCACCUGCGAGACUCGCGCGGCGCCGCGAUCGCGUGCGGCGCGCUGCUUCCGUGCGGUCUAUCGAACGGGGCAGACCUCUUCGUCUCGGAGGGCUCGGCGAUUGCGUCGAGCCAGGCCAGGAUGGGAGAGCACUCCUACUACUACUCGGUGGGCAAGGCCGGCGACCCGGAGCGGCCGCCAGUGCCGCAGCCACAGCGCACGUGUGUGGAGCGGGUGGCCGCGGGCGCGCCCGAGGCGACCAUCUCUUCCUUCUCCUUCGAGGACACCGAUGCGCUCGUCAAGCUCCACAUCCCGCUCGCCGGCGCCGGAUCGCUGCCCGCAGGCGCCGCCUCUUCCCUCUCGCCCCCGCUGCCUGCCCGCAGCCUCUCACCUCUCACCCCUCGCUGCCGCCACCGCCGCGCAGGCGCGAUCCGAUGCGACGUGCGGCACCGCUCAUUCGACCUGCGCGUGACGACGGCGGGCCGGCUGCUGCGGCUGCACGUGCGUGCCCUCCGCCCGCGGCGCUGCACCGCUUCACGGGCGGGAGAGGGCUCCACCACCUCCACCCCCUCCGACCACAUGGCCGUGUUUGGCAAAACGAUGGGCGAGGGUGGUAUGGCGGGCAAGUUGCUCCUCGUGCUCGCCAAGGCCGAGGCGAAGCAGUGGUUCGAGCUGCGAAAGAGCAAGGGCGUCGGCGACACCGAGUUCCUCAAGCUCGUCCCCGACUCGGGAGAGACUCGCACCAUCAUCGUCUGA